CCUUUGAAAUUAGAAACACAUUAUCAACCACAGCCACGCCAAGUAGAGCUACUAAUCUUGACUUUGCUUUUUCCUAAUCUGGAGAGAUGACGGAAGGAGAAGUUGAAUGAGAAAAAAGAAGUACAUUAUCUUAAAGCAUUAAUGAUGAUUAGUACAAUAAUAAAGUAAUUAUGGGCUGCUAAGCAUCGAUUUUGUUCCCAAAACCACUGUGUUUUUUCCUUUCUAUUCUCGAUUGGCGCCGAGUCUUGUAAUUGUGUUGACCAUUCCAUUUUCCCCCCUUGUUUGCGUUUUGGGCAUCUGCCGUGCCGUGUUUCGUUUGUAUUUUUCUCCUCUCUCUCUCUCUCUCUCUCUCCUGCUUCUUUUGUCUUGUAGUGGAUGAUUGAUAGUAGAGUUCAUUUCCAAGUUAUUUAUUACUAAGCAAACAGGUGAAGCUAAUCGGGUCGGCCCCUCUUUUUUUUUUGGUUUGUCAAACUUGGCUUCUUCCUUCUUUUGUCCUCUUCUUCCUCGCCUUUUCAAACGAACCAGCAGGUGGCAAGAGCGCCUUAGAUUACAAAUCCAAAAAAGAGGAAGGUGGGAGAAGCCUUGGUAGCGAGGCGGUGCUGCUGGUCGUCUCUUCUCCUUCUUCUUCUUCUUCUAGCGUUUCCAUGGUUCAAACAUAAACCUCCAGUACAUGAUUUUGACUCUUUAAGCAAAACCCAAAUGUUAGCAGAAGAAGAAGAAGAAAUCCCACAAAAACCCAUUACCCUCUUCUCGAUAAAACAGUAAUUGACCCCUCUCUCUCUCUCUCUCUCUGUCUCGAGAACAAGAACCAGAGGAGGAAGAAGAAGAAGAGAUCGCAUGGCGGGUGAUAACGAAGUCAACCUCAAUGAAUCCAAGAGGGUGGUUCCGCUCAACACCUGGGUACUGAUAUCUAACUUCAAGCUAGCUUACAACCUCCUCCGCCGUCCCGACGGCUCAUUCAACCGCGACCUCGCCGAAUUCCUCGACCGGAAGCUCCCGGCCAACACCAACCCCGUCGACGGCGUCUUCUCCUUCGACCACCUCGACCGAUCCACCGGGCUUCUCAACCGGGUCUACCGACCCGAAUCUCAAUUGGGUCCGCCCACCGCCCCGAUCGACCUCGAGAACCCGCUCAGCACCACCGCCGUCGUCCCCGUCAUCGUCUUCUUCCACGGCGGGAGCUUCACCCACUCCUCCGCAGGCAGCGCGAUCUACGACACGUUCUGCCGCCGCCUCGUCCCCCUCUGCGGCGGCGCCGUCGUCGUCUCCGUCAACUACCGCCGCUCGCCGGAGAAUCGGUACCCGUGCGCCUACGACGACGGGUGGGCGGCUCUCAAGUGGGUCAAAUCCCGGCCCUGGCUCUGCAGCGGCAAGGACCGCAACUCCUCCGACGUACACGUGUACCUCGCCGGCGACAGCUCCGGCGGGAACAUCGCUCACCACGUGGCCGUGAAGGCCGCGGAAGCUGGGAUUUCGAUACUGGGUAACAUCCUGCUCCACCCGAUGUUCGGCGGGGAAGAGAGGACGGAAUCGGAGAAGCGAUUGGACGGGAAGUACUUUGUCACGGUUCAGGAUAGGGAUUGGUAUUGGAGAGCUUUCUUGCCGGAAGGGGAAAGCAGAGAUCAUCCGGCAUGUAACGUGUUCGGACCCAGAAGUAAGAAUCUAGAGGGGAUGAAGCUGCCCAAGAGCUUGGUGGUGGUGGCUGGUUUGGAUCUGAUUCAGGAUUGGCAGCUGGCGUAUGUUGAAGGCAUGGAGCGAGCUGGGAAUCAGGUGCAGCUCAUUUUUCUGCAGGAUGCGACGAUUGGGUUCUACUUCCUGCCAAACAAUCAGCAUUUCCACUGUCUUAUGGAGGAGAUUAAGAACUUCGUCAGUGCCGCCUAACCAAUUUGUAAUGUAAAACUACUGAUGCUACUCAUAAUAGUAGUAAGUUGUUGUUAACCAUAGCAGCCACCGGCUUACCCCAUUUGUCAGAUCUAGAGAUAACGAAGUAUGUAAAUUUCCAGUCUGACGAGGGGAGUCGUGUCGUGUUGUAAUUUUUCAGUCACACCUGUUAAUGGAUGAAACUAUUGCUGUUGCGAUAUUGAUAAUGCCGCCUGACGUUACCACUAGACCAAUGAUCAGAUGGUUUUAGAGAUUGGACACUGAACAGAACGAAUUUUGCUUUUUGCUGUAUUAUUCCUGGUGUCAUAACUUGCAUUACAACUAUGAGCACAUAAAACAUCGCCAUGGCUACCAAUCUGUAUAUCGCUCCUACACCUGCUAAAAGGCGCUCUUACAUUUGCACAGCGAGGAGCACAUAAAUUGUUUUGGUUUGGCAAGAGCAAGAUGAAUAGGAGUGGUGAAUUCUGAGUCAGUAUUUAGUAUUUCCAUCAAAGAUCAGCCCUCUAGCUUCUGUCAAAUAAUACAACAAAUCAUACUGCUUGCUAUUUUACUUUAGUAUAUUGCAAGCACAAUCGCUUUCUGAAAAAAUUGACAUCAUUAUUUAUUGCAGAGGACUUCAUGUGUAUCUCUACUCUGAUGGAUGCUUAUAAAUCAUACUUUCAAACUACAUUUGAUUCAUAAGAAAUAAAUAAGUUGAAUUAGCUUUUACUCCCAUUACUAGAAAGACUUUACAAACAAAUCCAGAAGCUAAAAUCUGAAAGCUAGAAGUAUUUUGCUUAAUCCAGUACAAUGCCAACUCAAUUUAAUUCAAAGAAAGGACCAAAUUAUCCCACAUUUUCAAUUAUCUUCCUUAGUGCAUCUCACUUCCACAGGGUUUGUGUCAAAAAGACUUACUACCAGGAUCCUCUUCAGCAACUUACAUUGCUCUUGUCACCUUCCCUAUGUUGUACCUAAUUUGCAUUCUAUUCUGUGGUAGACAUUGCCAUUAAGAAACAGAAAUCUAAGUCUAGACACCAACUAACCACCUUCAGGUUUCUGCUCUACUAUAUGUAUUCUGUAGUCACCUUUUUUUAAAGUGCUAUCCAGAGUCACUUUCCCAUAUUUUAUGCAACACAAAAAGAAAUGGGAAAUGCAGGUUUCUUGUUUGAGAUAGUAGCAUGAAAAUUAAAGAAAACAAAAGAAAAGUAGGGAUUUGAAGAACCAUGCCUUCAAUGAAAGCAUAGGAAAUUA